GUGGCUGCAUGGUUUCUCUCUCCUCAGCCUCUCUCUGCUUCUCUCUUUCUCUCCUCUUCCUCUCAUUCCCAGUCGAUCUCAUACUCUCCCAUCACAUCCGCUCUCUCCCUCCCCCUCUCUCUCUCUCUUUUCCACUAUCGCUCUCCCCCCUCUCUCCUUCUCUCUCUCUCUCUCUCCCUCUCAUGAAUGUCACCUCUACUGAUGGUGGCUGCUGAAAUUCACACACACAAACACACACGCACACGCAAACACACACACACACACACUCUCACACUAACUUGCUGGCUUUGGGUGGAGGGAGGGGGGGUUAGGUGAGGGCUGUGUGGAGAAAGAGUAUGCCAGAAGAGGCGGAAGAGAAAUCUCUCUCUGUCCAUCCCUCUGUUCCGUUCCCGGCUUCAUUCUUGUGAGUCCGUCACCAUCCCGCCUGUAUGCUGCCACUGGAUCUAAGUCUGCUGGAUUACCGCGCCGUUUCUCCGCUCAUUAUUCCUGACGCCUGCUUUUCCACGGCAGGCAAAGUUGGGCAUCCAGAAACUACAUGGUGACUGCCUGUAUAUUUUUAUGCUGUUUGAGCUUCAAAAUGAUUUCACUCUUCACUGGAAGAAGUGUAAUUUUUAUAUGACAGAGAAAAGAGCUCUGUCUCUUUUUGGGGGAUUGUAUACUUAUAGGAUAGGCUAGUGAUUUUGCAAUAUUUUGAACUUCGUUGUCUGGUGAUUUGGUCGUGAGGGACAAGAUGGGUGGGGUUAAAAAUGUAAGAAAUGGAGCUGUCUUUAGAUGUUUUUUUAUCGACCAGACAUUCUAACCUCAAUCACCCUUCUUUAUUUUGACUGAUGAUGUGACCAUACUGGUCUUUGUUUUGGGUGGUUAUUUUAGUGUUGCUGUAUUCAUUUAUCAUCACACUGGAGGGUCAACAUUGGAUGUUUGACUGCACUUGAACUUUCACCUUCUCCGGCUCUUUCCUUUUCCAGGGGGCUCUGAACCUAACCCCCAUAUCUGUAACACCGCGUAGAACCCCUCUCCCCCCUCUGGGGCUCUCCCUGGACCUUCCCAUCUCUCUCUGCUGCUUGAGGACAGAGACAGCCCCACCAGGAGAGGGGUUGUUGGGUAGGAAGACACCCCCCUCCCAAAGGUGAGAGGGGGGGAAGAUGGCAGCUCUCGCCAGCUCUCUCAUCAGACAGAAACGGGCGGUCAAGGACGACGGACAAAACCGACCUGUAGCCAACAAGAGGAAGCCCUGUCCCAAGAGCAACAAGUCUUUGUGCCAGAAACAGAUUCUAGUUCUUAUCUCUAAAGUACGGCUAUGUGGGGGUCGAAAAGGUCGAAACGAAAAGAGACCGGAGCCCCAGUUGAAAGGCAUCGUUACCAGGCUGUACAGUCAGCACGGAUACUACCUGCAGAUGCAGCCGGAUGGCACCAUGGAUGGCACAAGGGACGAAGGCAGCUCCUUCUCACAAUUCAACUUGAUUCCUGUGGGUCUGAGGAUCGUGGCGAUCCAGGGAGCGAAGACAGGGCUUUACCUGGGCAUGAACAGCGAGGGGUACCUCUACACCUCUGAACACUUCACUCCAGAGUGUAAGUUCAAGGAGAGUGUGUUUGAGAACUACUACGUGACCUACUCCUCCAUGCUCUACCGCCAGAACCAGUCGGGCCGCUCCUGGUAUAUCGGUAUCAACCGCGACGGACAGGUUAUGAAGGGCAACCGGGUGAAGAAGACCAAGGGAGCCGCACACUUCCUGCCUAAAGUCAUUGAAGUUGCCAUGUACAAGGAGCCAUCGCUACACGAACUAGUCAAUGAACAGAAAGAAAAAGAGAAGGAAAAAGAGAAGGAAAGAGAUAAAGACAGCCCUGCUCGGAAGACAGUGAAGACGUCAGAAGAACGUCAUGAAAUAACAUUCUCCAUCAAGAACUGCAGGAAAGAGAAAAAAGCUCCCAAGGCUGACGCCUCGUAGCACAGGGGACCUAGGGGAGGGGAGGGGGAGCAGUGACACUGAGAACUCAAUGGGGACUCAAUCACCCAUCAUGUGUUGGGCUUGCUGGAGGAAUGACCCUCAUGGGCCCCCUUUACCAGAAGUACACUGGGCUGCACCAUGCUGAAGUGUCAGGGGUCAACAGCUCAUCAGCAGCUCACCAGGUCUGGUUCUGGGAGGGUUUCCUCUCACCUAUCACCAGAGAGAGAGAGAGCUGGACCAGGGCCCGAGUCAGCAUCACCACCCUUCCUCCCUGUCAAUCACAUCUACCCCUCCUCUAGUACACUCACUACCAAACGCACAGCCUGUGUCAUACCUCUUUAAUUGAUCUACUGCCCUCCACCACCUGUCUCAAUUUUCAGAAAUAACCUACCGUCGCCCACACACAGUCAUUUCUAAUCAGUGUAUUUUGAUGUAUGUGCGUGCGAUUGUGUGUGUGGAUGUUGGAGAAAAAGUGUGUAACACUAAUCACUUUGUCAUCAUAAUCUCUAUGCGUGGGUCCACUCUUCUAAGUAAUGGAAAUCACCAUGGUGACAGUGUCGCUAUGCCUGGCCUCCACCAUCUGCCCACCUGCAAAUCACACACCCCACAGCUGGACUUGGGCCAUCAAAAUGAUGUUUUAUUGGACAACAUCAGGGGGAUCUAGAUCUAUUUAUAUUUGAUAGUAGGCCUGUCUGUUGAACUGCAGUCAGCCAAUCAAUUUCAAAAAUGCCAAAUAUUCUGCUGAAAGAGAAAAGUCAAGCCAGCUCUUUUGGGAUCAGAGAUAUCUACAGGCUACAGGAUAACUUUUUCAGUGACCAGCCUUUUCUAGCUCACUCUUUCAAAGUCCAUUUCUCCUUUGAUCAAUCACAAUGAGGAAAUAAAUGGAGGGAACUGAAGAAGUUUAUCAUAUUAAAUCCUGAGGAUGAUGUAAAGGAUGAUAAUGAGGAUGAUAAUGAUAAGGAUAAGGAUAAUUACAAUGGUUACAGUGAUUAUGGUGAUAUUGAUGAUUCAACUGCCGCAUAGCCUUGCAAUAAUCUCACAGGCAAAAUAACGAGACAGAAAUGUCAGGGUAUUCAAUUAUCUGAAGUUGAUAGCCAUUUGGCUUCUGGAGCCAUGAAAGCACCAUGUCCAAAUUACUCUUAGAACCCUGACUGGGACAUGACUGCCAUGUGUGGUCCCACAUAACAGUAGCCUGACAGAGAUGAUUUCAGAUUGGGCUCAGCAGGCUGAUUCUGAGCAUGUGAGAGAGUGAUGGAGCUAAAAGCCCUCUGGGCCCAAUGUUAUUCUGAUGCAACUCUUUGAAGGUUAUUUCCUGGGGAUUUUAUGGAAUACAGCCAUAAUUGCUUAGGUUAUUCGCUUAAAUGUAUGUAAAAAAAAAAAAAAAAUGUAACAUGUCUCUGCAAUAUUUGUACAGGUUUGAGUCUCUGUCAGAGCUGGGCUGUGUUAAAAAAGAAAGUACGGCAUUUUAUACAAGUGAGGGAAAUAGUGACAGUGGUUAUGAAUGUGCAUGCUUAGAAUAUUCAUAAUUCACUAAACUAUUUCAGAUAAAUGGUAAGGAUUGGACCUGUUAAAUCUGAUGAAAUGAUCUGUCACCUGAAAGGUAGUGCUAGUGACCGCUGAGUGUAUCCUUUGCUUGGCAACAGUUGUCGACAUGAAGCAGAGUUUAAAGCUGACAUCAAAGUCUGAGGAGGCUCUUGGCUGGAGCACAAUAGAUAUAUGAGACUUUCUGGAUUCGUUUUUAUAAGACACAGCUGGAGCACCUACUUGCUAUUCUAAAGACAUCUCACUGCUUAUCCCCUUACCGGAGUUAUCAAAUCACCACAGAGGAAUCUACUCGCAAAUAUGGAUUUCUUUGUGUGCGUGGCUGUUUGUGAUUGUGUUCUUCUCCUUGUGUAUGGAUGUUUGUGGGAAUAUGUGAGUGCAUAGUGUGUGUAUCCAUGUUCGUGCAAGUGUCUGUUUCUGUGUGUGUAUCUGUGUGUUGAGUGGGAGGGAACUUUUACAACGUCCUUCACACUGGACAUGGGGCACUGUGAGGGGUGUCUUAGUGAUGUCCUUCUCUGUGGAGAUGAUGUUUAGGUGACAAAUGGCCACCUUUCAAACACAGCACUGCCACUGCAUUGUUAUUGGCCUGAGAGUGCUGAAGAAAGCAAUGGGCAAUAACAUCUGAAACAAAUCACGGACAUAACAGUACAACACACACAGGGACAUCCUGGUGUACAGAAGGCUGAUUUUCUAAGCAUGGGGAUAUAUACAGUAAAAUGCCCAAAGGCAUUGCUGCGUAGCUUGUUCCUGCCAUGGCGGCUGUGCUGUCAGAGUGAGAUAGCAGGGGUGUUCUGUGUGACCAGCUCCUGUCCUGUCGAGUGGGUCACUGAGAAGGGAUGGCAGCACAAGUGAGCUUAUACCAUUGUCCCUUAGAGAGCUCGUCUGUAAGAAACAGGCAAUAGCAGUGAACUGCCUGUAAAUAUGUUACACAACAUUACAGAAGAUGAGGGAAAACACAGAGAGGGAAAAUACAUAACAAAUGAAAAUCAAAUCAAAUUUUAUUGGUCACAUACAGUACACGUGUUUAGCAGAUGUUAUUGCGUGCGUAGCGAAAUGCUUGUGCUUCUAGUUCCGACAGUGCAGCAAUAUCUAAUAAGUAAUAUCUAACAAUUUCACAACAUAUACCCAAUACACACAAAUCUAAAGUCAAGGAAUGGAAUUAAGAAUAUAUAAAUAUAUGGAUGAGCGAUGUCAGAGCGGCAUAGACUAAGAUACAGUUAAACAGUAUAGAAUGCAGUAUAUACAUAUGAGAUGAGUAAUGCAAGAUAUGUAAACAUUAUUAAAGUGACAUUAUAAGAAUGUUACUUGUUCCCAAAAUGUACAGAAUGUGAGAAGAAUGUUUUUGGCAUGUUAUUGAGGAUAAGAGUAUGUCUGAGAUGGUCUAGAAUGUUCUAAGAGGGUCAGAGUGUGUAGGCAGUCGUUGAGAUACAGUCAUGUUCUGAAAUAUCAAGCCUGCUUUUUGGGGAUGUAGACUAUCUGAGAACGUUUUUGGGUUAGACUUCAUUUUAGGGAAUGAGGGUUCCUUGCUGAGUUCUAAUGUAUGAGGAGGAAACUUCACUAGUUCUGAGAUAGAAUGUGAGGCAGAGAAAGUUAUCAAGUUCUGAGAAAGAAUGUGAGGCAGAGAAAGUCAGCAAGUUCUGAGAAUGUGAGGCAAAGAAACUAUGAGAAAGAGGAAGUUAAUGAGAGUCAAAGAAAGUUCAAUAGUUUUGAAAUAGAAUGUGAGGCAGAGAAAGAGGAAGUCAAUGAGAGUCAAAGAAAGUUCAAUAGUUUUGAAAUAGAAUGUGAGGCAGAGAAAGAGGAAGUCACUUAGAGUCAAAGGAAGUUCAAUAGUUCUGAGAUAGAAUGUGAGGCAGAGAAAGUUCACUAGUUUUGAGGUAGAAUGUGAGACAAACUGGUUCUCUACGUCUGAAACAGAAUGUGAGGCAAAGUUCACUAGUUCUGUUAUUGAAUGUGAGGCAUAAAAAGUUCACUAGUUCUGAUAUUGAAUGUGAGGCAGAGAAAGUUCACCUGUUCUGAUAUUGAAUGUGAGGCAUAGAAAGUCAGCAGGUUCUGAGAAAGAAUGUGAGGCAGAGAAAGUCAGCAAGUUCUGAGAAAGAAUGUGAGGCAGAGAAAGUCAGCAAGUUCUGAGAAAGAAUGUGAGGCAGAGAAAGUCAGCAAGUUCUGAGAAAGAAUGUGAGGCAGACAAAGUCAGCAAGUUCUGAGAAAGAAUGUGAGGCAGAGAAAGUCAGCAAGUUCUGAGAAAGAAUGUGAGGCAGAGAAAGUCAGCAAGUUCUGAGAAAGAAUGUGAGGCAGAGAAAGUCAGCAAGUUCUGAGAAAGAAUGUGAGGCAUAGAAAGUUUACUAUGAGAAAGAGGAAGUCAAUGAAAGUCAAAGAAAGUUUAAUGGUUUUGAAAUAGAAUGUAAGGCAGAAAAGGUUCACGUUUUGUGAUAGAAUGUGAGGCAGAAAAAGAGGAAGUCACUUCGAGUCAAAGGAAGUUCACUAGUUCUGAGAAAGAAUGUAAGACAGCGAAAGUUAAGAAAUAAUGUAAGGCAGAGAACGUUCUGAGAUAGAAUGUGGGACGGAGAAAGUGCACUAGUUCUGAGAAAGAAAGUAAGACAAAGAAAGUUCAAUUGUUCUGAGAUAAAAUGUGAGGCAGAAAAAGUUUACUAUGAGGAAGAGGAAGUCAAUGAGAGUCAAAGGAAAUUCAAUAGUUUUGAAAUAGAAUGUGAGGCAGAAAAAGUUCACACGUUUUGUGAUAGAAUGUGAAGCAGAGAAAGAGGAAGCCACUUCGAGUCAAAGGAAGUUCACUAGUUCUGAGAAAGAAUGUAAGACAAAGAAAGUUCAAUUGUUCUGAGAUAAAAUGUGAGGCAGAAAAAGUUUACUAUGAGAAAGAGGAAGUCAAUGAGAGUCAAAGGAAGUUCAAUAGUUCUGAGAUAGAAUGUGAGGCAGAGAAAGUUCACUAGUUUUGAGGUAGAAUGUGAGGCAAAAAUCACUCAUUCUGAUACUGAAUGUGAGGCAGUGAAAGUUCACUAGUUCUGAUAUUGAAUUUGAGGCAGUGAAAUGAUAUUAAAUGCAAAGCAGGACUGUUUGGCAGUGGUGGAAAAAGUACCCAACUGUAAUAAUUGAGUAAAAGUAAAGAUACCUUAAUAGAAAAUGACUCACGUAAAAGUCAAAGUCACCCAGUAAAAUACUACUUAAGUAAAAGUCUAAAAGUAUUUGGUUUAAAAUAUACUUAAGUAUCAAAAGUACAUGUAAUUCCUAAAAUGUAUUUAAGUAUCAAAAGUAAAAGUAUGAAUCAUAUAAAAUUCCUUAUAUUGAGCAAACCAGACACCAUCAUUUUCUUGUUUAUUUUUAUUUACGGAUAGCCAGGGGCACACUCCAACAUUCAGACAUUAUUUACAAAUGAAGCAUGUUUGUUUAGCAAGUCUGCCAGAUCAGAGACAGUAGGCAGAGGAUGACCAUGGAUGUUCUCUGUUUAGUUAGUCCACUAGAUCAGCGGCAGUAGGGAUUACCAGGGAUGUUCUCUGUUUAGCGAGUCCGUCAGAUCAGAGACAGUAGGGAUGACCAGGGAUGUUCGGUUGAUAAGUGGGUGAAUUUGACAAUUAUCCUGUCCUGCUAAGCAUUCAAAAUGUAACGAGUACUUUUGAGUGUCAAGGAAAACGAAUGAAGUAAAAAAUACAGUAUCUUAAGGAAUGAUUUGAAGUAAAAGUAAAAGUUGUCAAAUAUAAAUAGUAAUGUAUAGCUACCCCAAAAAACUACUUGAGUAUUUUUACUUUAGUACUUUACACCACUGCUCUUUGGUUCUGAUAUUGAGAGCAUGCCAGAGGGAUAUUUAGCUGGUUGAGGCAGAAAUAAUGACUUAGCUAUCAUAAAGUAAGGCAAAGAGAGCUCUUUUCUUGAUUAGAGCAGAAUUGAAGGCAGAGCAGGUCCCACACGGGGAAGGGGAGGGGUAGUGACGUUGAGAAUACAAGGACAGUUGUGGUUCACACACGCCCGUUCAUGUCCGCUUCGAAGUCACACUCCACUUAAUGCGCAAUCUCACCAAAAGGUGUCCUAUAUGUCAACUGCCCAUUAACCUUCCCUCUACACACUGUGUGCUUGUACGUGCGUUCGUUUGCACGUGUGUGUCUGUGUGGGUGAGUGAAAGAGUGACUGAGCGAGUGCAAUGGCCUACCUGUAUGUGUGCAUGAGUAUGUGAGGGAGAAAAAGGAGAGAAAGAGAGAGGGGGAAAGAAAGAAAGACAAGGAAUGAGAGUGAAGUGAGGAUCGAUAGACUCGAUAAAAGCCAAAGUGGAAAGCAAUAGAAUAGCGUUGAGAGCAAUAAUGUCCCUUAGGUGCAGUGGGAGGAGCAACCCAUGUUUGUGGACAAUGAACUCAAGAGCAGUUUUGUUCCAUUCCAACGUUUAAACUGGACAAAGUGGCCUGAUGCACAACAAAUGUGGGGGCAGAUAUUUCUCCCAUCUUACGGUACACUUUAGAGAUCAACAGCCCCAUACAACUGGCCAGUGUGAUCUGACCGUGUACUGAGCUACUAGGGUUUCUGUCGUUUACCGUCCUUUUCUGAGACUCUGGGGACAAUGCUGUGGAACUCCAUUAGAGUGCACUCUGUUUGAAGGACUUUGGUCUUAUGUUCUGAUCCAACUGGGGUCAAACAGGGAACACCACUCUCAUAAUAACAAGAGAAAAUAGUGGUUAAAAUGUCCUUAUAAUAAUAAUAAUAAAUAUUCAUAGAGUUCUUAUGAAGGGAUUUGACAGUACUGCCAAAGUCUGGCUUAGCCUUUUUGACUGUUUAAGUAUGAUUUAACAGCGAUGUUUAAGGUAUAGGGGCUGUCAGUCUACAGUACACAACUAAAGGCCAGGGAAAUUGUUUGGAUGGACAACAAACCUAGCAUUUGUUGGUGCUUUCCUGGCUCAUUGUUUCAUAGAAAUAUUACUAUAUAGCUAUGUCCAUAUAUAAAUAAUAUAUGGGAUAUAUGUGUGUGAGGUGUUGUACUGAUAUUUUUCAAAUAUCUCCAAGAAUAGGUGGUGAACAUUUUUCUUGUUGUGUUUUAUUUGGCUUUGUCAUGUCUUUCUGAUGCAGACUCUUGGGAGGGAGGUUUUUCUCUCCUCAUACCAAUCCUCCCUUCAGUGUGGUUUUGUAGGUGAACAGCAGGGUUGUGUUGGGGUGAAGUGGUAAGGACACUGGUUCAUCGUUCCCACAGAAUGCUAAAUGAUGCAGUGUGAGCUUCCACCCAAACUAAAUCCUCUGGGUGGAAGCUCACAGUGUGAAUGAUUUACCGUAUGCCAGAGAUUUAACCCUAAACUGUAAAUGUUGUCAAAGUUCAAAAGAGCAUGUGGAAACAUGCAAAGGGCCAGAUCUGUCCUCCUAAAGCCAACACCUGUCUGUCAGUCAGUUAUGACCUUUCCCAGCAAUGACCAGACUUCUCCAGCACCCACUGGGCUCAGCGUUAUGGUCACACAAGUCUUCCAAAAACAAACUACGCCCCCUCCUUUUUCCUCACGGCUCUUGGUUUAUCUCAGUCCUUUCCUCUCGUCUUCCAAAAGUAACAGACGUCUUCCAACACGAGCCAUAAGUAAUAACACAGAGCUUAGCACUGAUGGAGCCUAUGAAAGAAGAGCUGUGGUAUUACUUACCAGGUGGGACUCUACAUGGCAACUAAGCCAAAGUGAGCAGAGCUGGAUCUACUCACUCUCCAGCCACAACAAAAACUGAGACUAGAGAGUAUAAACAAUGCAGUUAGGACUAACAACCUGCAAUGGGGACAACCAGUUCGCAAGGACGGCAAACAGUCAUCAGCGAGGAUUAACAGUUAGCAAGGAGGACUAACAGGCUACAAAACAGUCCAGCAGUCUGCAAUAAGGACAACAAAUCCAGGUUGAAUUGAGAAUCUUUGCAACGCAUGCAUGCACCACCAUUUACCAACGUUCAUGAUAAGGGAUGACUCCUCCUCCACAGCAACUAGAGACACACCGGACCCUCCCCUCACCCUCUCUCUGAGUUUGACACAGACCUGUGUACAUUUCUAUAGUAAAUCACACCUGACUCAAGGGGAGAUGUCUUAUUAUGGAAUAUUAUUCAAUAAAACAAACAGAUAUAUUUGUAUGAUUGUA